AUGGCAAAAUCAUUGUCUCCUAAUUCUGGCUUGAUUGGAAUCGCCUAUCUUCCGCAUGGUACGAUGUUGUUAGAUCCAAAUCGUGAAGAUCUUCCUGAUGGUGUUAAAUCUCUUCAUUCAUCUUGCAUGAAAAUAAGUGAAAAGAUCGCUGAAUUAGAUCCUGAUCUUAUUAUUCUUUUAACUCCGCCUGGAAUAAAUCUUCAUCAAGCUAUAAAUAUCUAUCAAACAGGUGUAUUAAUGAGUGCAGCAAGUGGACAGGCUGAAUGGAAUAAC